AUGCUCCUCGCCGCUAGCCCGCAGCUCUUCACUCCAGUCGUCGCGCCGCCGUGCCCGACGCCCGCGGCUGGCAGCCUUGCCGCAGCAUACCCGCUCGAGCCGCACGAGCUCGCUGGCCCAUCCGCCGUGCAGCACGCGUGCUCCCUCGAGCGAUACCUCGAGCGCCAGCCGCUGCCACCACAUACACACGAUGCGUUUGGCGAGCUCACUGCGUGGCUCGACGCGGCCGGAGAGCGGCCGCUCAUCCUCGACUCGGGCUGCGGCACCGGCUUAUCCACCCGAGCGCUGGCGCUGGCGCACCCGCAGUCGCUCGUCCUCGGCGUCGAUCGGUCUGGCGAUCGGCUCGGCCGGCGACUCGGGCCGCACAAAACAGGCAAGGACGCCGUCCCGCCCAACGCGCUGCUGCUGCGAGCAGAGCUCGCGACGCUGUGGCGCAUGCUGCAGAUGUCUGGCCGUCGCGUUGGCAGCCGCUUCCAGCAGUUGUGA